UGUAUUUUAUCUCUGUCUUGGGCAAGAGCCAUGGAUAGUCGUGGCAGAUCCUGAAUUAAUAAAACUUAUAACAGUCAAAGAGUUUGAAAGGUUUUGAAAUAGGAAAGACCCGACUGUUCCUCCGCCUCCAUUCAAUGCAAGCCUUAACACCGCCGAGGAUGAUCAAUGGAGGCGAAUACGAGGCGUCCUGACACCAGCUUUGACUGGAGCCAAACUAAAACAGAUGGUGCCGCUGGUAGAAGACUCCUGUGACAUACUGAUGAAGAAAUUCCAGGAGGCCGCUGACUCAGCUCUUGCGCACUUUCCUGAAGUGCAAGACAAGUUGACAAAAGAAAUCGAUGAUGCUUUGGAGCAUUAUCCUGAUAAACCGCUUUACCAACUUGCUCAGGAACUGCAGUACAUGGACUGUGUGUCCAAUGAGGUACUACCUCUUCUGUUCCUAUCAUCGACUGCAAUCAAUCGCCGAUGUAACCAAUCAUGUGCUAUGCAAGGGGUCCAUUUUCCCAAAGGCACAGGAGUGAUACUCUGCUUUUAUCUCCUGGGCACUGAUCCCAAUGCGUGGCCUGAACCCCUCKAAUUUGACCCUGAAAGGUUCCMUGGCCCAGCUAAGAGACACCCCUAUCAGUUCAUGCCCUUUGGGAUUGGUCCCAGGAUGUGCAUWGGUAUGCGUCUAGCUCUUCUCGAAGUCAAGUUGACUCUUGUUAGACUUUUGAGGGAGUUUAGAUUUAUGCUGGCGCCUGAGACGAGAGGGUUCGACUUGCACAGAAAAGAAUUUGGCGAAGUGGAAUUGAAAAUAGUAAGACGUCACCACAGGUAGCCCAUCUGUCAUCCGAGGUGUUAGCCCACUUCYCUGGUGGGAUUCCUGAGCCAAAGUUAGCGCAAGAACUWAACGAAGGCAUAGGGGAAACGUUCAAACGACGCAUAGUUUUUCGAUAAUUUUCGACAUUGAUGGGAUUAAUUGACCAAACACCAAUGAUAAGAACAGUUCYAAACAGAUUUGAUGUUUCUCAGCAGCAUGUGAUUUCGGAAAUUAAAAACAUAUCUGGUUGACGUCAAUGCUGUAAACUGUAAAGUGAUGUGUACUCUGCCAUCAAGCCUGGAUCCAGGGGGGGAUCCAUUGGUACACUGAACACCCCGCUAACGUCGCAAAUAUUGCGUCAUUUUGAGAAAAUAACGCACUUAUAUCAGAUACACCAAUAAAACACGCACUGUAGAAAAGUGUCGUGUUAUGGUUUUGUUAAACAAAAGGUUUAAUCGUCUAGAUUUCUAAUUUAUUCAUGUUUUCUGAUGCUGUCUAUUUCUUUCAUUUUAUGAAGAAAUGUCCUGACAAAUAUCUGGCUGCACUCCCUGUUUUCGGAUUAAUGUUGAAAAUGCCAAGGAGCAGAUGAUAGUCUAUUAUUUGGAGUAAUAUUUAUUCAAAAUAACAAUGUUUUUUGGA